AUGUAUUCCAACUCGAACGCCUUCUUAGGAGGCAACAGUCCUCGCCCGGGGACUGGACAGCAGCAGUAUGGCGGUUCCUUUAGCGGUCUUGGGCCUGGCCAGCAGCCGGGUCAACAGCCGGGCCCCUUUGCGCCGCAGCCCACGGGCUUCGGACAGCAGCCAUUGCAGCAGCAAUACACCGGAUAUCCGCUGCAGGCCCAGCAGACGGGAUACCAGCCGCAGCAGCAGCCAUUGCAGCAGCAGUAUACCGGGUUUCCGGGACAGGCUCAGCCGCAGCAGUUCCAGACAUCGAGCGCCCCGCCAAUGCCGUCGAUUCCUCCCCAAUUCCAGCAGCAGUUUCAACAGCAGCAGCAACAGCAGCCGCCUCAACUUCAACAGCAGGUGCCGCAGCCGACGGGAUUUCCAUCCGUGCCGCCUCAGCAGCAGUCUAGCUCGACAAUCUCCCCCCCUCCUCCUCCGAUAAAGCCGCAGCCGACUGGGUUCGCGGAAGUGGCCGCGUCUUUCCAGACCGGCGGUACGGCAAAACCCCAGGGACGAAGAGGCGAAAAGACGCAGAGCAAGAUCCCCAACAUUAGGCUGUCUUUUAUCACCGCCGCGGAUCAAGCAAAGUUCGAGACGCUCUUCAAGUCCGCUGUGGGAGAUGGCUCGGCGACAAUGUCGGGAGAAAAGGCUAGGGACCUUUUGAUACGCUCCAAGUUGGAUGGUGAUGCCUUGUCACAUAUCUGGACUUUAGCAGAUACUACGCGAGCGGGACAGCUUUACUUCCCCGAAUUCGCCCUUGCCAUGUACCUUUGCAACUUGAAGCUCACAGGCAAGACGCUGCCACCAACUUUGCCCGACCAUGUCAAAAACGAGGUGUCUAGCAUGGUCGACAUCAUCGGCUUUAGCGUGGCAGAUGAAGGUCCCUCUACGAGCCAGGCGACCAAUGUGCCGACUAUUGAACAGCCGAAGCCGCAACCACCACCACCAUCAAACUCGCAGCUUCUCCAAGCGCAGAUGACGGGCUUUCCUGGACAGCAACAGCCACAACAGCAAGGAUUUGGAGGACAGUCGCAAGGUCUCCAACCUCAGCCGACGGGCUACGCCAACCUACAAAAUCCCCAGCCAACAGGAUUCAAUGGCCCUCUUCCUCCAUUGCCCCCUAUGCCUACCGGAUACGGCGGCCCUGGUGGCAUGGUCGCCCCAUUGAAUGCACAACCCACAGGAGUGCCAGGUCAAUGGGGCCUUGUCAAUGCCCCUGCAUCUGGGUUGCCCAACAUUGAUGCGCUGCAGGCUCGCAUGAUGCCUCAGGCGGGUCGCGAGGGUGGUACCUUUACCACGGCUGGCCUUCAGGGCAAUGCUGUUAUUCCGUGGGCCAUUACCAAGGAAGAGAAGACCAGAUACGAUGCCCUCUUCAAAGCCUGGGAUGGUCUUAGAAAGGGCUAUAUUGGCGGUGACACGGCUAUUGAGAUCUUCGGCCAAAGUGGCCUUGAGAAGCCUGACUUGGAGAGAGUCUGGACGUUGGCCGACCACGGUAACAAGGGCCGCCUAAACUUAGACGAAUUUGCUGUCGCUAUGCAUUUAAUCUACAGGAAGCUAAACGGAUACCCCAUGCCCAACGUGCUGCCUCCCGAGCUUGUCCCACCCUCUACUCGCAACUUCAGCCAGUCUAUCGGUACCCUGAAGUCAAUGUUGCAUGAAGAGUCUGACUUUCGCAAGAACUCUGGUGCCGCCCUGCUGCCCCAAAAGACUGGCGUUAGUUAUAUGAAGAAUCGGUCAUUCCGAGGCGGCCCAAGCCCUGCUGCUGGCGGACGCAAGGAUGCUACAGUGUUCAGGAAUGACGAUGAGGAGUUCGGAUACAGGUCUAGUGCUCGCCGAAGGCUGGGAGGAGCCUCUCCCCGAGCCGAAUCCCCAGCCGUGUCUUCUGUCGGCUCCAACGAUGACUUGACCCUGGAUGAGCUAAGGAAAAAGGUCAAGGAGAAGCAGAUCUUGCUCGACGCUAUGGAUUUUGCCGAUGAGAAGAACAACGAAGAGGACGACAUCUUGGACCGACGCGAUCGCCGCGAGGCAGAGGAACUCUACCGUCGCAUCCGACGUAUUCAGGAUGAUAUUGAUGCGCACCCAGAUGCUGCACUGGCCGUUGGUAACUCGGACGCCGAGACGAGAGCUCUGAAGCGCCAGCUCCAGAACCUCACGGACAAGGUCCCCCAACUUGCAUCCCAAGUCCGAAAGGCGGAAAAGGCCAUCAUGGAAGCAAGACUUGAGCUUUUCCGUCUCAAGGAUGCCAAGGCUCACCCUGGCAGCGCGUCGUCCAUUGUCGGAACUGGUCCCGGCGGAUCAGUCACGGAAUCGGACCGGCUCAAGGCUCGAGCCAAGGCCAUGAUGCAACAGAGAACUGCUGCUCUGACAGGCAAGAAGAUCGAGACCACCUCUGAGGACUUUGACGCCCCCAAGAGGCUCGAGGAAGAGACCAUCCGGGUUAAGAAUGAAAAGCAGGGCAAUGAGCGCAUGGUCCGUGACGUUGAGGAAAGUGUCCGCGAAUUCUCGCGCAGCAUCGAGGACAACCUCAACGAUACUGGAAAGGACAACAGCAGUGAGCAUGAGAGGCGUCGCUGGGAGGACGCCCUCGGUGUUGAGGAUGAAGUUCGAGACUUCAUCUUCGAUCUCCAGCGCGAGAGCCGGGCAGCCCGCGUCCGGGCCCAGGACAAGCGCUCUACACGGCCCUCAGCAGCAGACGAGCCUCGCCGAGAAAGAGCUGCCGCCGCGGCUCCCCAGCAGGACGAGAGCCCCGCUCCAGCUUCGCGUACUGCCACUCCUUCUUCUACAGCGGGCGGCGGUUCGUACUCUUCGUACAAGACGCCUGAGGAGCGCGCUGCCUUUAUCAAGCAGCAAGCUGAACAGCGCAUGGCUGAGCGUCUUGCAGCACUGGGUAUCAAGGCACCGACCAAGUCUGGAGAGACAGCUGCUCAGCGUAUAGAGCGCGAGAGGAGCGAAAGAGCUGCCAAGUUGCGUCAGGCUGAGGAGGAGGACGCCCGCCGAGAAGCUGAGCGACAAGCUCGCCUUGCUGAAGAACAGGGAAUUCCACCUCCGGCCGUGGAAGAGGCGGCACCGGCCGCUGCGGCUAAGAAGCCUCCGCCACCUCCGUCAAGAAAGGGAGGGAAAGCCGAAAAUGAUCGCGAUGUAGCGAGAAAGGCAGAGGAAGAGGCUGCCAAGGCCGCUGAAGAGGAGCGCCUGGCUCGAGAGCAUGAGCAGCAACAGAGGCAAACCGAACAAAUGAGGCAAAAAGUAGAGGAGGAGGAAGACGAAUUUGAAAAGGAGCAACGUGAAGCUGCGGAACGGCUCAAGGCUCUGGAAGAACAGGUUCGACAAGGAAAGCUACGAAAGGAAGAGGAAAAGAAAAAGAAGAAGGCAGCUGCGGCAGAAGCCAAGGAAAAGGAAGCCAAGCUAGCUGCUCGUCGUGCGGAGAUGGAGGCUGCCAAACAGCGUGAACUUGAGCUGCAGCGCCAACUCGAGGCUAUCAACGACGAAGAUAGCUCGUCAUCCGAUGAAGACGAAGGCCAGCAGCAAGCUACACCACAGGCUUCGACCCCUUCGCCUGAGCAGAGAGUGAGCUCACCACCUGCUCCCGCUGCCGCUGUCGCUGCCCCUCCCCCUCCCCCUUCGGCCGUCUCUCCACCACCUGUUCCCACGGUGGUUACCUCUCCUCCCGCUGAGACGGAGAGCAAGAACCCCUACUUCAAGAUGAUGUCGCAGUCAUCGGAGGCAUCUUCCCCAGCUGCACCAAAGGAAGCAACAACACCUGCAGCUGACAUUUCCACGAACCCAUUCCACCGCAUGACGCAGGAUAUCAAGUCUGCCCCCGUGCCAACUCCCGCUCCCGCCCAGCCUUGGUCUCGCAAGCGAGCCGAUUCUGACGACUGGGGCUCCAACAAGGAGUCGGACGACGAAGACUCUGACGAUGACCGGCCCGGCGGCGGCAACGCUGCUCAGCUGGCGUCUAUCUUGUUCGGUACCAUGGCGCCACCAAGGCCGCUCUCCGCUGCUGGUAGAGAUUCGUCGCCAUCCACGCCUGCUCCGGCAAGCGAGGCGAUAUCUUCUCCUCCACCUCUGCCGAGCGGAACGCCCGUUGGUGCUCCUCCACCACCUCCUCCUAUGCCAGACGCUGGAAGCCCACCUCCUCCGCCGCCAAUGGCUCCUAUCGGAGGCCCUCCCCCUCCUCCGGCCUUGCCUGGCGGUGCACCCCCUCCUCCCCCUCCUCCUCCUCCUGGCGGUGCUCCGGCAUUACCAGCAGCAGGCGGCGGCCGUCCCGCUGGCUUCCUGGGAGAGAUUCAAGCCGGAAGAGCUCUCAAGAAGACGACGACAAAAGACAAGAGCGCAGCUGCCGUCGCUGGCCGAGUUCUGGAGUAG